UAAUAUUAUGACAAUAUGAGAAGUUAUUGCAUUUUUAAUUAUUACAAAAAGUUUUUUAAAAAUGUCCCAACCCGAAAGUAUUCUUCUAAUUUUGAAUACGAGACGAAAAUCGAAAAGAUUAGGAAUAUUGGAAUAUUAGCACAUAUAGAUGCAGGCAAAACUACAACCACUGAACGUAUGCUGUACUACUCCGGGACUAUACGGUCUAUGGGCGAAGUGCAUCAUGGUAACACGGUCACUGACUACAUGGAGCAGGAGAGACGGAGAGGAAUUACAAUCACAUCGGCUGCUGUAUCCUUCCCCUGGCAUGGCACACAAAUCAAUUUAAUUGACACACCGGGGCACAUUGACUUCACCAUGGAGGUUGAGCAGAGUCUGGCUGUGUUAGAUGGUGCUGUUAUAGUCUUGGAUGCUUCAGCUGGUGUGGAGGCUCAAACACUGACAGUCUGGAGACAGGCAAGUGGAUACCGAGUCCCUCGCAUACUGUACCUUAACAAAAUGGACAGGAGUGAUGCAGAUGUGAACAGCUGUAUCAGAUCUGUGCGGGAGAAGCUACAAGCCACGCCUCUCAUGAUACAUGCACCUGUUACUAAAGAGGGAAAACUUAUUGGUCUGAUUGAUUUAGUGACAUGCGAAGAAGUAAUAUGGACGCAGGGCAGAGGACAGAAUUAUGUUCGACGAAAACUUGCAGAGAAACAGGAUGGGAAAUAUUGGGAAAAAAUAAUGAAUAGCCAUAGACAACUGAUUGAUACUCUUUCCUCAUUGGAUGAUCAGUUAGCAGAUAUAAUAAUACAAAAAGAUUCAUUGGACAAUAUUGAAAUUCCACAGAUAAAUGACGCUAUUAGACGGUGCACAUUAAAAAUGAGUGGAUUUCCUAUUUUAUGUGGUAGUUCUUACAAAAAUAUUGGCGUUCAGACUUUAAUGGAUUCUAUAGUAUCUUAUUUACCAUCUCCUUUAGAAUGUAAUAGAAUUUACAAAAGCUUUGGUUCCGAUUUAGCCGCUAGGACCUUUAAGGUUCAGCAUGAUGACCAGAGAGGUGUGUUAACAUUCCUAAGGCUGUACAGUGGUGAAAUUGAAAAGGGACAGAAGAUAUACAACCUGGCAAGAGAGAAGAGUGAGCAGACAGGAUCACUGUAUGUGGCGCUGGCUGACGAGUACCGGCCGGUGGACAAGGUCACUGCGGGGAACAUUGCUGUUGUCAGCUCGCUCAAGACUACCAUGACUGGAGAUCUGGUAACAUCGACACACACGUCCGCCAAACGCGCACGCAGUCAACUAGCGCGCUGGCUGCAGGAGUCAGGCGCUGAGGACCUGAUGCUGCCCAGCGCACUCCAGCGACUAAAGACCCUCGAUACUCAGCCCAGCACUGAGGAACUCGCUGAAGUCUUGCUUGGGAUUGGUACUACAGUCCCGGAGCCUGUAUUCCUGUGCUCCAUCGAGCCACCCAGCGCUGCGUACCAGAGCGCGCUGGAGACGGCGUUGGCAGAGCUGCAGCGUGAGGACCCCAGUCUUCGCGUCUCCACAGACGAUGAGACCGGCCAGCUGGUGCUUGCUGGUAUGGGUGAACUCCAUCUGGAGAUAAUCAAAGAGCGCAUCAUCAGGGAGUAUAAGAUAGAUGUGGAGCUGGGCGAGCUUCAGAUCGCGUACCGGGAGCAGCUGCUGGGGGAAGCCAAGUCCACCCUGGAUGUAGACCGCAAGAUCGGCAGCGUGCGGCAGGCGGUCAAGGUCACCAUGUCUGCUAAGACUGUGAAGGGAAUCUCACAAGAUAAAAUUCUUAAACUGGACAAGAGUGGUGAGAGCGCGGCCAAUCUGUCGCACGUACACCCGCGCACGUUGUCCGCUCUACAGCAAGGAGUACGCGCAGCUCUACAACAUGGACCCAAACUUGGCUGUCCACUGGUAGACGUUCAGGUGACGCUGCACUGGCUGGAGCUGGGGAGGGGUACCUCUGACUCAGUGGUGGGGGCCGCAGUGGUGCAAUGUCUGCGCAAGGUGUUCGAGGAGGCGCAGUCAGCAGUACUGGAGCCGAUGAUGUCGCUGCAGGUGGUGGUGCCGGAGAGUCACUCGGCGCGGGUCACCGCAGACCUCGCACGACGUCGCGCUGACGUACAGCAAAUACACACCAGACAGGACAACAAAGUGAUAGAGUGCAUAGCGCCAUUAUCGGAGUUGUUGGGCUACUCGUCUGCGCUGCGCUCGUUGAGUUCAGGCUUAGCCAGCUUCAGUAUGGAGCUGCGCGCGCAUCGCCGCAUGUCUCCGCACGACGAGCACAAAGCACUCAAACACGUUACCGGUUUCUAGAAACUUUGGAGUUUCAAUAAAUCACAUAUAGAUGGCGCUUUUAUUUACUAGGAAAUUAAUUAUAGA